AUUACGGUAGGGAACCACCAAGAGUAAAAGAAGGUUGAGACUUUAGACAAGAAGAGAGAAGGAACAGAGAAGAGAAGAAGAAGAAGAAGAAGAAUAAGAAGAAGUAUAGAAACUCACUGACCUAAUUCUCUCUCUCUCGCUUAGUAAUUCUUCAAUGUCAAGAAGAAGAAGAAGAAGUAAUCGUGUUAGAAAUACCAAAGCCGUCACUGCUCCUCCUGCAUCUGUUACUAUAAUUGAGGAUAUUGAGGAAGAUGAAUAUGAAAACCACAGAUCAUGUUGGAAGCAUAUUGCUUAUCUGAACACGCGUGAUUCUAAACCCAAACUAACCGAGGAAGAGUUUGAGUUGUUGAAAGUCACUGCCCCUUGUUUCUAUGAGGAAUGCACACGUCGUGAAAGGUCAAGAAGAAGGGUCAAGUGCAAGUACUUAGUCUCCAAGCUACGGAAAAAACUCAACUCCAACAUAUUCAUAAACUAUCUAGAGGUUUUGUGGAAGAAGGACGUCUUGGAUGAGAAAAAGAACUCUUUUGUGUACGUAGAUUGUCUAUGGUUUAGUAUGUACAAAAGCGAAAACGAGAGAGUUAGAAGCAGUGUUUUCGAAUCCGUAAAGGCAAAACAGAUCUUCUCAAACGAAUAUGUUUUUCUUCCUAUCGUUUAUUGGAGCCAUUGGACUUUGUUGAUCUUUUGCAAUUUUGGGGAAGAUCUUGAUGAUGAUAACGAGAAGACAUGCAUGCUGUUUCUUGAUUCACUGAAAACAACUGAGACUGCGCAGCGGCUUGAACCUGAUAUAAGAAAGUUUGUGUUGGACAUAUUCAGAAUCGAGGGAAGAAGUGAGGACUCGAGCUUGGUUGAUGAUAUCCCUUUCCAUGCGCCAGAUGUUCCACAGCAGACAAAUGAUGUGGAAUGUGGAAGCUUUGUUCUAUACUACAUUCAUCGGUUUAUAGAAAACGCCUGCAGCUUCAACAUCGACAGUUACCCAUGUUUCUUGAAAGGGGACUGGUUUAGCCAUAAAGACUUGGAAGAUUUCUGCAAUACAUUUGAUUCUUCGGGAGCCAUUCGUUGACCAAACUGUUUUAACUUUUAACGGCUACAAGACAUCAGCAUAGCGCAGAAGAUUAGUAGAAGACUAGUUUCAUCAGAAGAUUCAAAAGGGUAAAAAGAGAUCCUGAGGAUGUUAUCAGUUGGUAUGAAAUCUCAAACUUCAUCAGAGGAGGAAUCUUAAGAACCCCAUUGUGGAUAGUAUUUAUCUUUUUAGGUUCUUUGAUAUAUCAAACUGUUGUUCUGGUUUUGGCCAGGCCUGCCUGUUGAUUUACUCAUAUUUAAGUGGUAACCAGUUGAUUUUAAAGCUUA